AUGGUAGAGUAUACACUAUCUAUCCAACAACUAGAAUAUCUUCAAAAAUUACAAAACAUCCAGCGUCAGGCAGAACAACGAUGGGAAAUGAUGCAAGAACGAAACGGCUUCUUGAGCAGGAUAUAAUUCUUCAGUUGCGACAGCAUCAAUAUUCACUUCCGCAGAUAAUCCCACCAACAAAACGUGAUGCUAACCUUAUAUCAAGUACCAGAGUAUUGUCUAAGACAUACACAGAGGAAGUCAUUCCAGGCAAUAAUGAAACCAUCAGAGUAGUAUCUUCCUCAUAA